CCCAGUCACCUGAUGAGGGUUCAGCUUGGAGACAGUGUGACCCUGACAUGCUUCUGUCAAGGAGAAACAACUUUUGUUACUUUGUUUAAGCAAGCUGUUGGUCGGAAGCCCCAGCCCAUGGCGAAAGCACUUCUCUACGUACCUGGUGAGUUUUACAAGGAAUAUAAAAGCAUAAAACGUUACUCCUUACUGAAUGCAGAGGGGAGUUUUAACCUCACUAUUUCUAACGUGGAGCCGUCAGAUUCUGCAGUGUAUUAUUGUGCUGCUGUGUUUCUUCAUGAGGUCACCUUCGGGAAUGGAACCUUUGUCAUAAUCACAGGUAAAGACUCCAACAGCAGGACUGUGGUACAGCAGCCUGUGUCUGACACAUUGCAGCCAGGAGACUCUGUGAGCCUGCAGUGUACGAUAGAGACUGGGAGCUGUGCAGGAGAACACAGUGUUUACUGGUUCAGACAUGGAUCAGGAGAAUCCCUUCCUGGAGUCAUUUACAGCCAUGGAAACAGCAGUGAUGAGUGUGAGAAGAGCCCUGAGGCUGGAUCUCCUACACGGAGCUGCGUCUACAGCCUCCCCAAGGGGAACCUCAGCCUCUCCGAUGCUGGGACUUACUACUGCGCUGUGGCCAUGUGUGGGGAGAUGCUGUUUGGGAACGGCACAUAGCUGGAUAUAGAUGGUAACACCCAGUGUGGGGAGAUGCUGUUUGGGAACGGCACACAGCUGGAUAUAGAUGGUAGCACCCAGUGUGGAGAGUAUAUCUGCUUCAAAGUUUUAUUUAGCUUAUUCUGCUAUUAAGACAUUUAUUUCUUUUUUUAAUGUAAUGAAUUUUCUAAUUUAAGUGCUUAAAUUAAAUUACACAGAUGUUAAUUUAAUAAUUAUCCAUCCAUCCAUCCAUUUUCCAAACCGCUUAUCCUAUUGGGUCGCGGGGGGUCCGGAGCCUAAUUUAAUAAUUAUUUCAAAUAUUAAUAUCCAUCCAUCCAUCCAUUUUCCAAACCGCUUAUCCUAUUGGGUCGCGGGGGGUCC